GUGAACAGAGUUCCCCCCUGCCUCGAGUGCGGGAGGACCCGCUCCCGCGCCGCGAGCGGGGCGAAACCAUCGCCCAACGCUUCCGAGUCACCAUGCUGGCCUUGGACUCGGUCAAGCAGAUCACCCACCGGCGCCCCGAGGCAGGCCACCCUGGGUCGCCUGCCGCCCCGCCGGAACUGUUCAGCUCGGCAGAAAAGCUCCAGCUGCUUGCGCUCAUUCGCAUGGUCAAGGAAGGCCCGUACAACGAGUCACGACAUGGGAUACUCUCGGGCCCCUCGUCGCCCGGCCCCAGCAAGGAUCACCAGAAAAUCCUGGCCUGGCGCCAGCUCGGGCCCAUGUCCAAGCAGCAUGCGCAAUUUGAAUUCUGCCGCCUGGUCCAGGCGGUUGCCGAGCGGACCCUGGCCCAGGGAUCAAGCAGUCCAUCGGCCACCCAGGCCGCGCGCCUGCUGCUGGUGGCGUCUCGUGGCCGUGGCCGCGGUGCUCUCAGCCCCGGCGGAAGUUCCAGCCCUCGCGCGGAGGCGGACCCCGGGCGAGGCCCGGCCGGCGCCCGAUCGCCCGAUCGCAUCCCCCGGCCGAGCGGCCUGCGCCAUGUCCAGCUGACGGCCUAUGCCAACCACCAGCACCCGGCGGGCUCCAUGCCCGACGGCCGGAGUCCCAGCACCACGGCCGAAACCAUGUCCGCGACCGAGGGCUUCCCCUCGCCACAGAAGAAGCCCCUGGCUCCGCCUUCGGCCGGGGAGCGGCCCCACUCGGCAUUCGCCAGGGGCGAUGCCACCCCCGAUGCCCAGACCGUCGGAUCAGAGCCCGACCCCAUGGCCCGGGACAGGCAGCCCGGCGCUCCGCCAGCCGCGGGAUCCGCCUCGGCCGGCGCCCUGCCCGCCGGCCGGGACUGUGCCCAGAGCAAGGCCCCGCCACUGGCCGGGGCCCCGGCACGGCCGGCAGCUCAGCCGGCCGGCCCGCCGGCCCACCGGCCCCCCCGAUCAGCCCUGCGCGUGGCCCUCUCGACAGCCACCUCGGCCGGGGUCCUGGCCCUGGCCUGUGUCAUGCUCAUUCGGCAUAUGCUCGGCCGGCCGGACCUCAUCUCGGCGGCCAUCCUCACGGCCGUCCGGCGAAUUGCACGCCUCCUCCAAGGUGGUCGAGUGCAAUGA